UAACCUUAGGUUGUGGGGGUGCGGUUGUGAUCUUUUACGAUUUUAAAUAAAGAACUGAAGUUUUUUAAUAAAAAUGGAGCCGUACGAUGUAAUUGUUAAUCAGCCAGUGGUUAUCGAUAACGGUUCUGGAGUUGUCAAAGCAGGUUUUGCAGGUGAUCAAAUACCAAAAUGUAGAUUUCCCAAUUAUAUUGGAAGACCAAAACACGUUCGUGUGAUGGCAGGUGCUUUAGAAGGAGAUUUAUUUGUCGGCCCCAUAGCCGAGGAACAUCGUGGCCUUCUAUCUCUUCGUUACCCCAUGGAACACGGAAUCGUCACCGACUGGAACGACAUGGAGAGAAUUUGGUCAUACGUUUACAGCAAAGAUCAGUUAGCAACUUUUAGUGAAGAGCAUCCAGUUUUAUUAACAGAAGCUCCUCUCAAUCCCAGAAAAAACCGGGAAAAAGCUGCCGAGAUCUUCUUUGAAUCAUUCAACGUCCCAGCCUUAUUUGUCUCUAUGCAAGCCGUACUUAGCUUAUAUGCAACUGGAAGGACGACAGGAGUUGUUUUGGAUUCUGGUGACGGAGUUACGCAUGCAGUACCAAUUUACGAAGGUUUCGCAAUGCCUCAUAGUAUAAUGCGAGUAGACAUAGCUGGUCGGGACGUGACGAGAUUUCUCAGGUUGUUACUUCGAAAGGAGGGAAUUAAUUUCAAGACAUCGGCAGAAUUUGAAAUAGUUAGGACGAUUAAAGAACGAUGUUGCUACCUCUCGACUAAUCCCCAGAAAGAAGAAGGUAGUGAGACUGAAAAGUUUCCCUAUGUUUUACCAGAUGGAAGUCAUUUAGAGAUUGGACCAGCUAGAUUUAGAGCACCGGAAGUUCUUUUCAGACCUGACCUUGUAGGAGAAGAGUGCGAAGGAAUUCACGAAGUUCUCAACUAUUCUAUACAAAAAUCUGAUUUGGAUUUAAGGAAAGUUCUUUUCCAGAAUAUUGUGCUCUCUGGUGGAUCUACUCUACAUCGCGGUUUCGGAGACCGAUUACUCGCUGAAAUUCGUAAGAUGGCGCCGAAAGACAUUAAAAUUAGGAUAUCAGCACCACAAGAGCGAUUGUACAGCACUUGGAUAGGAGGUUCAAUUUUGGCAUCUCUGGACACGUUCAAAAAGAUGUGGGUCAGUAAACGAGAAUAUGAGGAUGACGGCGUAAAGGCGAUUCAUCGCAAGACUUUCUGAGUAUUAUUUGCAUCAAUUGGAUGUGAGGUUAUCCUAAUGCUAACAAACAAAAAAAAAGCUCGGCACAAUUUUCGCACUUUUGCCUUUUUCUAUUGUUAACGAAGCAUCAAAUCUAUUCAUCUGCAUGAUGAGCCUGUCUCUUUACGUGCGACUUGAUUUUCUUUUAAUUCUGCGCGUAUUUUUACGAUUAAUUUGAGAAAUUCGAGUAUUGGAGAAUACUAUGUCCCAAAUGGAAGAAAAAACGUUGCAAUAUGUAAGAAAUACCUAUUUAUCAAGUUUUAUACGCCAUUUUUUAGUUUAAUGUAUAGAGGAUUAUUUUCAAUACAUUGAAAAAAAAUUUAUGCUCCGCAGAAUCAUAUUGUAUUUGUAGAUUCGAUUUAUUGUGACUUUAUCUGUAUCUUUUGAACUCUGAUAAAUGUCAAGAGCAUAGUUUUUUUUCGAAGUGAUUUUUUCAGGACUCGCGGCUUUGCUUCAAAAGGUUUUUCUUAUUUAGGUUGAAGCGAAACUGAAAGCCUCCUGUAAAAUGCUUUGUUCUAAUCCGAAAGUCCGAAACUCGGGCACAAUUUUUUAUUACGUUUUAACGACAGCAAGAAUUCUGUUUUGCGUGGAAUGUUCCAUCUAGGAGUUUCUACGAAAUUCAUUGUUUCUGAAUGAAAAAGACAGUCGACUUUAGGGGAAAUUUGUAAAAUUAAUACUCAGUUUUAUGUCGUUAAUUUGGAUUCUUUAAUUCUUUAAUGAAGAGUAAUGCUUCGGUGAAUUUGCAUUUCUCAGUUGUUGAGAUUCUUGAGAAAUGCGGUUGUAGGAAUUCGAUGCAUUUUUGUACUAUAUACCGUGGCUUGUGUAUUUAAGAAUUUUGCCGACGCAAGAAACGAUUAUUUCGUGCACGGAAACAAUCUGAAUGGUAUUUCGCAUUGGUGGCUUCAAUCUAGAUUUGAGUAAUUUAUUUAUAUUACCUUCUAUAUUAAUUUCACAUUACUAUUUUUAUCAAAAAUAAAUUUUGGAAAAACCAAA